GGCAGCUGACUUAGUGGAGAAAUCCAGGCUGCUUUCUUAUUCAGAAGCAUGUCGAAGGAAACAUUUGUGUUCACCUCUUCCACUCUGCGCUCCCUCCGUUUGCAACGGGAAAUGCUGGAAUGGGAAGAUCGGCAGCGAGCGGCAUCUCGGCAAUACGCAAGCCGGAGGUACCAGCUGGCCUCUAGGAGCCCCCUUCUGCUCCCCAAGCCGGCUCGGCGUACUCAAUAUUGCCGAGAUCCUGCCGUUCACAAUGCCCUCUACACGGGAGAUUUGCCAGGAGUCCAAAGCAUCUUUAAGGAUGAAACAACGGCCAACAUGAUUGUGGAGACAACCAAUGAGGAGCUGGUGUGGUCAGCAGAGCUAGGGCUGUGGGUAUUGACACCGCAGAAGAAACAGACCUCUCCACUGAGUAUCACAGCUGCUAGGGGUUACCGGGACUGCGUGAAACAUCUGCUGCUGCAGGGGGCCCAGGUGGAUGCUGUGGUUGGUGGGCGAGCCGCUCUUCAUGAGAGCUGUGCCAACCACCGGGCAGAAUGUACCCGCCUGCUCCUUGGCUAUGGUGCCAAUGUGAACAUCCUUUCAGAGGAAGGCCUGGCUCCACUGCAUUUGUGCUCCACUCAAGAGAGUUUGCCGUGUGCUCAGCUGCUCCUGGAGUAUGGGGCCCUGGUGAACCAGAACACAAGAGACCAUCGUGCUUCCCCAUUACAUGUGGCUGCUAAACACGGCCUAGAUGACCACAUGAAGCUCUACCUCUGCUACGGGGCUAAUAUUGCUCAUCGAAACCGAGAGGGGGAGACUGCCCUGAAUGCAGCGUGCGCUGGCGCAGACAGACCCGAGGAUGCUGGCCGCUACUACCGGGUAGUGAAGCGGUUGCUGGAUGCCGGAGCUGAUGCCCAGACUGCCGGCCGGAAGAACCACACGCCGCUGCACAAUGCUUGCAGCAACUGCCACAUCCGCAUUGUGAAGCUGUUGCUGCAGCAUGGGGCGGAGGUCAACGUGAGCAACUGCGCUGGAUACACACCUGUGAAUUGUGCCCUCCAAGCAGUGGAAGAUUACCUGGAAGGGGAGCCUGAGAAAGUCAUAGCAGCUCUGCUCGACCAUGGGGCAGCACCUAUCAAUCCCAAGAUGCUGAAGUUUUGCGCUUUGUCGCCUGAGGUUAUGGAAGUUGUUUUGAAUUCCUAUGAUCGAAUCCCGUCCUGUGACUCCUGGGUGGGAGCUGUCCCCCCUGAAUUAUGGCAGAAGCACCAGCGAUUCUACAACUCAGUCCUCCGGCUGGUGAACCAGCCUCGCCUGCUGCAACAUCUGACCCGCUGUGCCAUUCGGAAGCAGUUGGGGGUGCGGUGCCACCUGGGCGUUGCUGAACUGAAGCUUCCCUCUUCCCUGAAAGACUACUUGCGCCUCCCAUUGGAGGGCUGCCUCAAAUGAAAUGGGGAAUGGGAAGGAGACUGUGUUGUCAAAGGUUUCCACAGCCAGAAUCAACUGGCUGUUGUGGGUUUUCUGGGCUGUGUGGCUGCGGUCUGGUAGUUUUUGCUCCUAAAAUUUCGGCCACAUCUAUGACUGGCAACUUCAGAGGCAUGUCAUGGUAAGAUGUGUUUCCUUCUGUGAAAAUAAAUGCGGGCAAAAUGAUGGAAGCAAAAACUGCCAGACUAUAGCCACACAGCCCAGAAAGCCCACAACAAUCAAGGAAGGAGACUGCUAGAAAUGGAAACUGGAUAAAGGAAGCGACAGAAGGAGCAGUUUUCAGACUGGCAUGGAAAAUAGUUAUUUGGGAAGCUGCUUGAACAGGACUUGUCAUGCUGUCAGAAACUACAUGUACUCUGAAUUCGCUUUCAAAAUUUUGGAAGCCUUUAUUGAACUCUCUUAUAAGAUGCUAUUCCACACCAACAAGAAGCGGAAAGCGGCACUGAUAGAGAAUUGAGAUCUUGCGUGAAUCCCCAUAUUGCUUUAUGCACAAGGCUUGCCCCCCUCCCCCACAUCGCAGUAUUUUACCCCUACCCCAGCACUGCAAACAGAGAAGUUGCAGCUAGUGGAGACAGAAUAUGCUUUGUAGAAGAUGCUGGCGUGAGCCUCAGCUAAAUUUGGUAGGAGUUAAAAUGGGCAGAGUGAAGGACUUGAGAACAUCUUAACCAGCAGAAACAGAAUAAAAGGGGUGUUUGUUAUUUACUUAUUUAUUUAUUAUUUGGUUUUAUAUACCACCCUAUCCCCAGAGGGCUCUGGGUGGUGCACAACAUAACUUCACAGCAUAUACAGCCAGAACAGAUGGAGCAAAUAAACAAAUACAGGAUAGAAUAAAUAACACAGGCUCCAUUAACUAUAAACUAAAAACCCCAUUAAAAUACAGCGGUCAGUACAAUAAAGUGGUGACCAGCGAUAAAAUCCUCCCAAGAAAGGAGGGGGGAAUGGUGGGUCCCAUUGAUGUUAAAGGGACCCCAGGUGUAAGGAGGAUAAGAGGGGGCAUUCCAAUCAGCUGCCGGUCACUCCAAAAGCCAGGUGGAACAACUCAGUCUUACAGGCCCUGCAGAAUUCACCAAGAUCCCGCAGGGCCCAGACAGCUGAAGGAAGAGUGUUCCACCAGGCAGGGGCC